AUCGUCUGCAAACACAUCUAAGGAAUAAGGAUUCGAGAAAAUACUGAAGAGAGAGAGAGCCACAAGAGUUACCCAAAGAUAUGGCGAAAUCCGUGGAUGGAAUUCCACAUUGUCACCCUCCACAAACAAUAGCAAACGACUCGAACACUUUUCCGAAAGAAGCUCUGGAAGAAGCAGAGAAUCCUGGAUUCACUUUGCCAGAAAAUUCAGCGAAUGAUGGCAUUAGCCUUUUCUUCCUCGUAAAAAUUGGUCGGCUGAUGGAGGUUUGGUUGAAGAUUUGGACGGAAAUCUUUCUUGGCUGGUUGCGAGAUUCAAUGGCCAUUAGUUGGGAUCUUAUUGAAUACUCUGCGUGUUACUGACCUUUUUUGUGAUACUCAUGAUGGGGAUGCCAGUGAACAUUUCCGUCGGUUCUCACAUUUGGGUUGGAGAUCCUGAAUUUGCUUGGAUUGAUGGGAUUGUGCUUAGCAUUAAUGGAGAGGAGGUUGAGAUUCAGACUACUAAUGGAAAGAUGGUUGUUGCGAAAGUGGCAAAAGUUUAUCCAAAAGAUGUGGAAGCUCCUGCUGGUGGAGUUGAUGACAUGACUAAGUUAUCAUAUCUACAUGAGCCUGCAGUCCUGCAUAAUUUGGCUACCAGAUAUCAAAUUAGUGAAAUUUAUACAUAUACCGGAAAUAUUCUCAUUGCAAUCAAUCCAUUUCAAGGACUAUCCAAUUUAUAUGAUGCUCACAUGAUGGAACGCUACAAGGGAGAACCAUUUGGAGAGCUGAGCCCUCAUGUUUUUGCAAUAGCUGAUGUCGCAUAUAGGGCAAUGAUUAAUGAGGGCAAAAGCAACUCAAUUCUGGUCAGUGGGGAAAGUGGGGCUGGUAAAACUGAAACCACCAAAAUGCUGAUGCGUUACCUUGCGUACUUGGGUGGACAUAUUGCUGCUGAAGGAAGGACUGUUGAACAAAAAGUUUUAGAAUCGAAUCCAGUCCUUGAAGCAUUUGGAAAUGCAAAAACGGUUAAGAACAACAACUCCAGUCGUUUUGGGAAAUUUGUUGAAAUUCAAUUUGAUAAGCGUGGAAGAAUAUCAGGGGCAGCCAUCAGGACUUAUCUCUUAGAAAGAUCUCGGGUUUGCCAAAUCUCAGAUCCUGAGCGUAAUUAUCACUGUUUUUAUCUUCUUUGUGCUGCACCAACUGAGGAGAUUGAGAAAUACAAAUUGGGAAAUCCUAGGUCAUUUCGCUAUCUUAAUCAAUCCAAUUGCUACGAACUGGUUGGAGUAAGCGAUGCCCAUGACUAUGUUGCCACUAGGAGAGCUAUGGAUAUUGUCGGAAUAAGUAAUAAAGAACAGGAUGCAAUUUUUGGAGUCGUGGCUGCAAUUCUUCAUCUUGGGAAUAUUGAUUUUGCUAAAGGGGAAGAUGCUGAUGCAGCAGUUGUAGAAGAUGAUGAAUCUAGAUUUCAUCUUCAAAUGACAGCAGAGCUUCUCAUGUGUGAUCCUCAAGCAUUAGAAGAUGCACUAUGUAAACGUGUAAUGAUUACUCCUGAGGAAAUUAUCAAGAGAAGUCUUGACCCUCGGAGUGCAGCAAUCAGCAGGGAUGGUUUAGCCAAGACAUUAUAUUCUCGCUUGUUUGAUUGGUUGGUGGAUAAAAUUAAUGUCUCUAUUGGGCAAGAUCCUACAUCGAAAUGUCUGAUUGGCGUCCUAGACAUUUAUGGCUUCGAAAGCUUUACUACUAAUAGCUUUGAGCAGUUCUGUAUCAAUUUUACCAAUGAAAAACUGCAACAACAUUUCAACCAGCAUGUGUUCAAGAUGGAGCAAGAAGGGUACUUAAAAGAUGGAAUCAAUUGGAGUUAUAUUGAAUUUGUUGACAACCAAGAUGUCCUGGACCUUAUCGAGAAGAAACCAGGAGGUAUCAUUGCUCUGCUCGAUGAAGCAUGCAUGUUUCCAAAAUCAACUCAUGAAACAUUCUCACAAAAGCUUUAUUUGACAUUCAAAGAUCACAAACGAUUCAUCAAACCAAAAUUGGCGCGCUCAGAGUUUACCAUUGUUCAUUAUGCGGGAGAGGUUCAAUAUCAGUCUGAUCAAUUUUUAGACAAAAACAAAGACUAUGUUGUUCCUGAACAUCAAGAUUUGUUGAGUGCUUCCAAAUGUUCUUUUGUAGCAGGUCUUUUUCCUUCAAUUUCAGAGGAGAGUAUCAAAUCUUCAAAAUUCUCAUCUAUUGGAUCUCGUUUCAAGAUACAACUGCAACAAUUGAUGGACACGCUAAAUUCUACAGAACCCCACUACAUUAGAUGUGUGAAGCCAAACAAUGUACUAAAACCUGCCAUUUUUGACAAUAAUAGUGUCAUACAACAACUACGCUCUGGUGGUGUUCUAGAGGCAAUUAGAGUCAAAUGUGCUGGAUACCCUACUCAUAGGACCUUUGCUGAAUUCCUAACUCGAUUUGCUAUUCUUGCACCUGAGAUUUUAAAAGGGAACUAUGAAGAGAAAGUGGCAUGCAAAUGGAUUCUGGAAAAGAUGGGACUUACAGGAUAUCAGAUGGGGGAAACAAAGGUUUUCUUAAGAGCUGGUCAGAUGGCUGAGUUAGAUGGACAAAGAGCAUGUGUGCUUCAUAACUCAGCAACAGUUAUCCAGAGGCAGAUUAGAAUGCAUUCUACUCGAAAAAAUUACGUUGUUAAGCGGAAGGCCUCGAUUCAUUUGCAGUCUCAUUGGAGAGGAAAGCUUGCGCGCCAAUUAUCCAAGGACAUGAAGAGGGAGGCAGCUGCCAUCAAGAUACAGAAGAAUUUGCGCAGGCAAAUGGCUAGAAAAGCCUAUACCAGCACCCAGUCCUCUGCGCUUGUGCUGCAAAUUGGUUUACGUGGGAUGGCAGCUCGUAAUGAAUACAGAUAUAGAAAGCAUGCCAAAGCAGCAACUAUUAUUCAGGCUUACUGGCGCUGCCAUAGUGCUGUUUCCUACUAUAAGAAGCUCAAGAAAGCAUCUGCUAUUUCACAAAACAGAUGGAGGGGGAAGUUUUCUGCGGGGAGACAACAUAGAAACUCGAAGAUGACUGACCUGAUUGAAGGACAAGGACAAGAGAUAACGAAAUCGGAUCACUCCCAACUUGAUUUGCAAUCUAAAAUAGAAGAUGGAACAAAUGAGUUAUCAUUUGAUGAAUGUGAGGCUACCCAGAGAUCAAAUGAAGCAUGCUGUACAGUCCCAGAAUCCUCAACUUGCACCCAAGAUGCUAGAAAGAUUGCGAUCCUCACUGCUGAAAUGGAAAAAUUAACGGUGAUGCUGCAAGCAGAAAAACAAAGAGCGGAUGAUUCUGAAAGGAAAUACACAGAAGCUCUGGAAUCAAGUGAGAGAAGACGUAAGAAAUUAGAAGAAACUGAGAGGAGAGUUUACCACCUUCAGGCCUCUUUAAACAGGAUGUUAUACUGCAUGUCAGACCAAUUUUCGGAGCUGAAAAUGAUCUUGCAUGCUCCGUCAAACUCAGCUUCAACUUCUCGACUCUUUGCUAGAGAGGAUACGGUUGAUGUUGCCUCUGAUAACUCUGACGCUUCAUCCUCUGAUUCUGAUUUCACUUUCCCAUCUCCAGCUCCAGCCUCAGAUAACUUCUCUUCCCUAAAUCCGAGUGCUCUCCAGUUGAUAGUUCAGGAUCUUUCAGUGGAAGAAAUUUCAGGUUCUGAGAGCAAGGAGAAUGGAAAGGAGGGGGCGUUUGAUGACUAUUUUUGAUGGGACAAGGUCCUUCCUUUUUUUCACUUAAAUAUCAAUGGUGCACUGGCAUUUUAGAGUAGGCACCUACCCAAAUCACUAGAUGCAUACAUUUGAAUAGAUCAUAAAUGGGUAGUGAGCUCCUAUGUGGAUGAUCUAAAUCAGUUCAAGAGGUAAUAGAGUACUACAAUCCCUUCUAAUGAAUUGUAAAAUAGUCUCUCUUUUUUCUCUAGUUAUACCUUCCUCUGACAAGGACUGAUGUUAAUUGCAUGACCUGUACAAUGAUAAAUCAUCCGCAAUGUUAUAGUACGAGUUUAUUUA